AUGCCGUUCUUUAAAAACUUUCGCAGCGGCGCAAAGGUCGUGGACCAAGCCGUCAAUCUGGACCCGCACACCUGGACAUUGCCAUCGUCAUACAAGCCCUCCCAAGCAGAUGGUAAACAAACAAUUAUCCCCGACCCAAGAGUCUUCUCGAACGUGUUUUCGAUUCCCAGCGAAACGGAAACACAGAGUAUUGAGACUCUAUUGGCAUAUCCCGACGCGAGUCACGCUGCUGUACAUCUUGCUCUGCUUGAAUGCUUCCGGAACUUGAAAGCUAGUGCGAAGGCGCUUGACGUCAAGGUCAUCCAACCACCUUCAUAUGAUGAGACCAAGGGUCCAGAGCCAGCAUCGCCAUCGGAGCCCACGCAGCUUCCCGCAUCCAGAAAAUGGGACCUUCUCAUAAAACUCGCAGUUACACGAUUCACGACUUGGUGGUCUGGUAUUGAGCUAUUACUGAAUCAUGCAAGCGCCUACUCGCAUCAUGGUGGCAGCCGUGCUGCUCUCCAGCUCACCAAGGACUAUCUACCACCAUUGGAUAUACUACUAGUAUGGUACGCUCUUAUGCUAAGCCCGGAGGCCUAUGAGGCUGCUUGCAACGCCCAGGGUACCAAUGCUACGCGCUUGAAAAACCUUUGCUUCCCUUGGCCUGCCAUCCGCGAUGUCAUCGAUAUGGAUAAGAUGCAGCUUGUACUUCCACGAUCUGCGCAGAAGUUGUUCAGUAAUAUCACGUCUCAACCAUGUGACAUUCUUGAGUAUCUACAAAGUCCCCCGGCAUAUACCGACACUGGCAAAGUGCGUAUCGAAACAGAUUUAUUUAGCGAAGUCAAGAGGCAUGAAGGCAUCAUUGAGGAGUCUAAUAAGCUUCUGUGGAUACGUUCGCCUGCCUUGCAAGGAUCCCUGAUCCGAGCGGGCUUGGAGUAUCUGGACUUUCACUUGAGGGAGCCCAAUGCAGUGGAGGAGGAGAUGGUUAGUCACCAGUCCUUCGGAGUUAGGCUUUUCUGGAGGACGCACCGCCUGUUUCCAAGACAAUACAAGGCUUUCCUGAAAGAAAUUGGAGGCACCCAAUCAGACCAAACACAGGGGCAGGACCUCAAAAGAGAUGCGAAAAUUCUUUUCGAUAUGGACGACCCUUCUCCUAUACAAGAGCACUGCCACUGCUGGACCUGCGAGCGCAUUCGCGACGAUCUCCCAGAAUUCGUUUACACAAAACCUUCAGAAGCGGCAUCAUCUUCUACAAGUCUAAGUCCUAUGCAGAAACAAAUUUCUUCGUUGUCUGCCGAGACUCUACUGCAAAUACAAGAUGACCUAGGCUUCUGUCUUGCCGUUGAGGACGCCCGCAGAUCUGGGCUGCCAUUGCCAACUCGGCCACCAACUACUGCAGAGAAGGAGGCUGAUAAAAUGUUAAAGCAGAAGCAAAAGGAGCUUGGAUAUAGGCCUGGACUGAAUGAGUAUGUUGAAGUGUUGCCUGAUGGAAGACGCAAGAUUCGGACGCAUAAAUACAAAUAUACGACUGGAAUGUGGGGAAUGGCUUUGUUUUAA